AUGGCUGCCCCGCCGUCCCGCCACCUCAGCGCUGGAUCCGGACCCCCAAGGCCCUCUGUUCUGAGCCUCCGCCUCCUGCUGUUGCUGCUGCUACUGCGGCUGAGCCCGGGUUACAAAGAGGACAAAACCGAACCAGUUUGUGGCAAACCCUUGUGGUUGGAGAAUUUGAAAACUGGGCGCCAUUGGCCCUGGGAAGUGAGCCUCCGGAUGGAGAAUAAGCACGUGUGUGGAGGAGCCCUCAUUGAUCCCAGCUGGGUGGUGACUGCUGCCCACUGCAUCCAAGGCAUAAAAGAGUACUCGGUAAUGCUUGGCACCUCUAGACUGAAGCCUCUGGACUUCACUGGUGCCCUCAAGAUCCCUGUGAAAGACAUCAUUUUGCACCCCAAGUACUGGGGCCGGACUUUCAUCAUAAAUGAUAUCGCCAUUCUCCAGCUUCGCACUCCAGCCACCUUAAGUGACUAUGUGCAACCCAUCUGCCUCCCAGAGCCCAACUUCCACCUAAAGGUUGGGACGCAGUGCUGGGUGACCGGCUGGGGUCAGAGUAAACAGCGAUUCUCAGCCAAUUCCACCUUGAGCCCACAGCUUCAGGAGGCGGAGGUGUUUAUCAUGGACAACAAGAGGUGUGACCGGAUUUACCACAAGUUGUCCCUCUUCCCCCGCAUCGUCCCGCUUGUCAUGGGCGACAUGGUCUGUGCCACCGAUUAUGGGGAAAACGUGUGCUAUGGGGACUCUGGUGGGCCCCUGGCCUGUGAAGUGGAGGGCAAAUGGAUUCUGGCUGGGGUGUUGUCCUGGGAGAAGGCCUGUGCCAAAGCACAGAAUCCUGGCGUGUACGUCCGCGUCACCAAAUAUGCCAAAUGGAUCAAGAAGCAGAUGGUCGAUGGGGAUCACCCAGGCACCCGCGUCUCUGCCUGGCUCCUCCUCCUGUCCCAGCUGCUGCAGCCCCAUGUGGGCCUCUGA